AUGCAGGUUGCGCCGGUGGGUCGGCAGCCCAAUGGUGCUAUUGUUUUUGGGAGAGCUGAUGGCUUGGCGAAUGGCAGGGCCAGCAGCCCGACUCUUCGGGUACAGACGCUGCCAGUCCACACGCGGGGCAUCACCUUUGUGAGCCCCGUAGCUGGAGCUCCUCCAGGCCCUUUCGGGGGCCCUCCCGGCCCACAGAGACUGCAGGCUCGGAGUCCAACUGCAAGAAGCCCCUCCCCGGUACCACCCCAGGGUUGGGUCCGGGCUGUCUCACCGCAUGCCUUUCGCCCACCUGAAGCAUAUCCGAACGGCCCGCCGGCCAUAAGUGUGCCUCUGAUUUUCCCUGAUGAGGGCCAGGGUCGGCGGUUGCCAGACGGGAGACCAGAGGUUCCACAUCAUGGCAGAAGUGCUGUAGACACAGUGGCCAUGAGCCCACGGACGACGGCACGGAGUCAGGAACGUCCAAUGGCCUGUGCCACCUGGGCCAGCAACUUUCCAGCAAAGAUAGUGCACAAGAUGGACAGUGUGGCAGAGGAAGAAUGUGAGUCUGUUCAAACAGAUUGUGGGGCAGUUUCGCUUGCUCCGACUUCAGAAGCCGAUUUUCGAACAUCCGUCGCAAAGCACCACAUGCUGCAGGCCCAGGUGAAUGGGAGUCGCUGGGACGGACCCAUCUGGGCUGUGGUGGACAGGUCUGGUCGUGCUUCGCCUGUUGAGGCAACCAGCGCUGUACAAAGCGAGAAGGAGGCAUGGCCUCUUGCAAACGCGGCAGGCUGUGGGAACAUCGCCCAGUCAGAGCCGGGUGAGAAGGGGCAACGCUCCGACUGGGCCUUGCUCCUGGAGAUCAAAAGCCUACGCCAGCAGAACGAGGAGCUCCAAGAGGAGCAGAAGAAGCUCCAAGAGCGCUUGCAGCAGCGAGAGCAGACAGACCCCAGCAACUCUGAGAUUCUGGCGAAGAAUGAGAAGCUGGAGCGGGAUGCGCGCGACAUGCUGCAGCAAUUUGAAGAGUUCGAGAUGGAGAAGGCGGAUGAGCUGCGAGAGUGCCAGGAUGAGAUUGCUGCCCUGACUGCGCAGCUAGCAGAAAAGGACCUGGUGCUCAAGCGGUUCAAAGCAGACGUGGAGCGAGAAAGGGCCUCCCUUCUCCAAGCGAUGACGGACGAGAGCGGCGAGUUGCAAGGUAGAAUUGAGAAACUGGAGAGGGACAAAGAAGCCUCCCAGUUGGAUCUUGCCAAGGCCUUGGCACGCAUCGAUAUCCUCUCAGCGCAGGGGCGGUCCGCAAGCUCAGAGGGAAACUCGAUGUUGCCCGGCUCGGAGGAUCCUUCUUUAACCAGCCAGCUCCGCUCGGCGCAGAGCGAGCGCGAGGCGCUCAAGGACGAACUCACGAACAAGGAUGGGCAAAUCAUCCUGCUCCGAAGUCAGCUUGAAAUUGCAGACAGGAAGCUCCGUUUAUCAGACAUGGAAAAUGCCAUGUUGAAAAGUGAACUGGAGUUGCGGAAGCGGAGCGCGUCCUCCCACACAUGA